AGGGAAGAGAUGGGAAGGGGAGAUCGCCCCCUCCUCUCCCUCUGUCUGUUUUUUUUGCAGGUGUGUCAAUUUUAAUUCUGCCCAGUAGGUGGGACUUGGUGACUUUCGCACCGUUUUUUGUUAUUUAUUUAUUUCCCCGGCUGCUUCUCUCUCUCCCUCCCUUCCUCCCCUCCCAUCCCUCCCUCCCCAGCCUCCCGUUGCGAUCCUCCGGAGCGGCUGCGGGAGCGGCGGGCGGCCGGGCCGGCAUGCAUCCAUCCCCGCCCGCGGCCGCGGCCGCUGCCCUAGCGGGAAUUACAGCCUCUCCCAGCCAGCUGCCAGCAUGAUUUCAUCUGCUGGAGGAUUUUUGCAGCUGAUCGCUUGAGGUUUUGUUGUUGUUGUGUUUUUUUUUUUUUUUUUUUUUUUUUUUUUUCCUCCCUCUGUCUUUGUUUCCUUCCCCCUUUCCCCCCCUUCCCCUCCCUCCAUCCCCCCUUUCCUCCUCCUCCUCUUUUUUAGAAGCAGCAAUCGGAGAUGGAUGUCUCUCUUUGCCCUACCAAGUGCACUUUCUGGAGGGUUUUUUUGCUCUGGAGCAUUUGGGGAGACUAUCUGCUUUCGGUGCUGGCUUGCCCUGCUAAUUGUCUUUGCAGCAAGACAGACAUCAAUUGCAAGAAGCCGGAUGAUGGGAACCUCUUCCCUCUCUUGGAAGGGCAGGAUUCAGGCAGCAGCAAUGGCAACGCGAGCAUCAAUAUCACGGACAUCUCAAGGAACAUCACUUCCAUACACAUAGAGAACUGGAAGAACUUGCAGACGCUGAACGCCGUUGACAUGGAGCUGUACACGGGACUCCAGAGGCUGACAAUCAGGAACUCAGGACUACGAAACAUCCAGCCACGAGCCUUUGCCAAGAACCCCCACCUGCACUAUAUAGACCUCUCCGGGAACCGGCUCACCACUCUGUCAUGGCAACUCUUCCAGACACUGAGACUCUUUGAACUGAGACUAGAGAGGAACCUUUUUAACUGCAGCUGCGACAUCCGCUGGAUCCAGCUCUGGCAGGAGAAGAGCGAGGCAAACCUGCAGUACCAGGAUCUCUACUGCAUGACCAUGGAUGCAGCCAUCAUCACUUUGAAGGAAAUGAACAUCACCCAGUGUGACCUUCCUGAGAUCAGUGUGAGCCACGUGAACCUGACGGUGCGGGAAGGGGAGAACGCCGUCAUCACCUGCAAUGGCUCAGGAUCGCCGCUGCCGGACGUGGACUGGACAGUGGCUGAGCUCCACUCCAUCAACACCCACCAGACCAACCUCAACUGGACCAAUGUUCAUGCCAUCAACUUGACCUUGGUGAAUGUCACCAGCGAGGACAAUGGAUUCCUGCUUACCUGCAUUGCUGAGAACGUGGUGGGGAUGAGCAAUGCCAGUGUGCUGCUCACUGUCUACUAUCCCCCUCGCAUCCUUACUCUGGAGGAGCCGGUGCUACACAUGGACCACUGCAUUGCAUUUGCAGUGCAUGGGAACCCAGCUCCCACCCUUCACUGGCUGCACAAUGGCCAGGUCCUCCGGGAGACUGAGAUCAUCCGCAUGGAGUUUUACCAACAAGGGGAAGUGUCUGAGGGUUGCCUGCUCUUCAACAAACCCACUCACUACAACAAUGGCAACUACACGAUUGUGGCCACCAACCAGCUGGGCUCAGCCAACCAAACUAUCAAAGGACACUUCCUUGAAAAGCCUUUUCCAGAGAGUACGGACAGCUUUGUGUCAAUCGGUGAUUAUGAAGUGAGUCCCACCCCACCGAUCACUGUGACCCACAAACCAGAGGAGGACACUUUUGGGGUUUCCAUAGCGGUUGGGCUGGCAGCUUUUGCUUGUGUCCUCUUGGUCGUCCUCUUUAUUAUGAUCAACAAGUAUGGCCGGCGGUCCAAGUUUGGGAUGAAAGGUCCCGUGGCAGUGAUCAGCGGAGAGGAGGAUUCAGCCAGUCCUCUCCACCACAUCAACCACGGCAUCACGACUCCCUCGUCCCUGGACGCCGGCCCGGACACGGUGGUGAUCGGCAUGACCCGCAUCCCCGUCAUCGAGAACCCCCAGUACUUCCGGCAAGGACACAACUGCCACAAGCCAGACACGUAUGUCCAGCAUAUUAAGAGGAGAGACAUCGUUUUGAAGAGGGAGCUGGGAGAAGGUGCCUUUGGGAAGGUGUUCUUGGCCGAGUGUUACAACCUCAGCCCCACCAACGACAAAAUGCUGGUGGCAGUGAAGGCUCUGAAGGACCCCACGCUGGCAGCCCGCAAGGAUUUCCAGCGGGAGGCAGAGCUGCUCACCAACCUGCAGCACGAGCACAUCGUCAAGUUCUACGGCGUGUGCGGCGACGGCGACCCGCUCAUCAUGGUCUUCGAGUACAUGAAGCACGGUGACCUCAACAAAUUCCUCAGGGCACACGGCCCAGAUGCUAUGAUCCUCGUGGAUGGGCAGCCUCGACAAGCCAAAGGGGAGCUGGGGCUAUCCCAGAUGCUCCACAUCGCCAGCCAGAUCGCCUCUGGAAUGGUGUACCUCGCCUCCCAGCACUUUGUCCACAGAGACCUGGCCACCAGGAACUGCUUGGUCGGAGCCAACCUGCUGGUGAAGAUUGGAGACUUUGGGAUGUCAAGAGAUGUCUACAGCACUGAUUACUACAGGGAAGGGCCGCGUCUGAAGGGCCAGCUCAGCGCAGCGUGGCAGCGACAGAGACUGGCACCGUCGGCAGCUGCAACAGUUGGAGGACACACCAUGCUGCCUAUCCGCUGGAUGCCUCCGGAGAGCAUUAUGUACAGGAAAUUCACCACAGAGAGUGAUGUCUGGAGCUUCGGGGUCAUCCUCUGGGAGAUUUUCACAUAUGGGAAGCAGCCCUGGUUCCAGCUCUCAAACACAGAGGUCAUUGAGUGCAUUACCCAAGGCCGAGUUUUGGAGAGGCCCCGAGUCUGCCCCAAGGAGGUUUACGACAUCAUGUUGGGCUGCUGGCAGAGGGAACCUCAGCAACGGCUCAACAUCAAGGAGAUCUACAAGAUCCUCCAUGCUCUGGGCAAGGCCACACCAAUCUACCUGGACAUCCUUGGCUAGCAGUGGCCACUUGUUGGAAGUCCCUGCUCCUUCCUCCCGUCCUUCCUUCCCUCUCCCCCUCCCAAACCCUUUUCCCCUCAGCUCCCAAGCAAACAUCUUCAUAUAAACUCAAGUGCCUGCUACACAUACAACACUGAAAACAAAAAAAAGCAAAACAAAAAGCAAACCAACAAAAAUCCCACAGAACAACAACCUGUAAGGCAGUUUGGCUUAUAUAUAUUUAUAGAUAUCUCUCUCUAUAUAACUUCCACACCAAUACAGAAAGAAGCUGCUGUUACAGAAAAUUGUGAGACUAUAUAUUAAAAAAAAAAAAAAAGAAACAAAAAAGGGAGAAAAAGUACUUAAAAAUAUAUAUAUAUAAUUAAAAAAAAAAAAAAAAAAGAUAAAGAAAGGAGAAGGUAUCUUUCCCCCGAGCAAUCAAGCAGUGAAAUGUAACCCUGCUGUGAGUAUGGUUCGGGCAGCUGGGCAGGGCUCUAGACUGGCUGUGGCAGCGAUGCCAUCCUGGGUAGGAGCUGCAGGAAGAAAGCCUUGCCCUGGUUGUAUGAUAUGCACUGAAUGUGUGAAAUCAGUCCUCCCUUUUCGUCCUCGCCUCCCUCCCUCCUUGCCAGCCCGCAGGUGAUGGGCACAAAGCCAGGGCAGUGCCCCUGGAUGAACUCUCUUUUACCAACCCUUUCCUCUUAGUCCCUCCUCAUUCCUUUCUGCCUUCCUGCCUUUUUCCUCCCUCCAACAUUUCAGGACAAUUUUUCUAAUUUGCUGAUUCUUAAAUGUAUAGACUCAAGGCUUUCAAACACACAGUCAAAGGAUUGUGGCACCUACGGGUAAAACACACACCGGGGAGCAGCCGCCCUCUCAUGGGCUGCAGGCUCCUGCCCCAGCCCUCCAGCCACUGCCAGAGCUGGGAGAGCCCCAGGACCAAGCCUGGGAGUCGAGGGGUGGCCCUGGGGACCCGGUCCCAAAUCAUCCCCAACCCACUCCAGUGUGUGAGACAGGAGUGCUGCUCACCCAGGGCGUCCAGCACAGGCGUCACUUCGGGAGGAACAACCCCACUCCACCCCGCCCUUAUGGCUGUUAGUGGCCAUGGGGGUGGUUGGUGGCCAUGGGGUUGGUUGGUGGCCAUGGGGUUGGUUGGUGGCCAUGGGGUUGGUUGGUGGCCAUGGGGUUGUUCCCCCACCCUCAGCUGUCUGCACCAGGGCCAAAUCGGCCCCCGGUGUAAACUUUUGGUGAGCAGGGUUGGAUCCUUGCUCUCCGCAUGGGGGAAAGGCUAUAGGGUGCAGACAGCUGGGAAACGCCUGCUGGGAAUUCUGUGGGGUCAGCAUAUCCCAGCGCUCUUCCCCCCCAUCCUCUCCCCUUCCCCAUUCCUGCCCCACGCCUCAGUCCAAGCCUCAGGCACAAGCCAUUGGGAGACAGGGAGGGGGACCAGGCUUGUGAGAUGGCUGGGAACCUACCAACACCUGCCUGCAGCUCCCUUGCCAUUCUCCUCACGUCCCCAUCCCCUGAAAGGAUUGAUGCAUCUGCCUUUGAGCUGUUGUGAAAUGCAGAGGCUGAAGAAUAGCUCCACAGGCAGCCCCGGGAGGAGGGGGGAAGGAGGGGAAGGUGCCUCCAGGAGCAGACGGCUCAGCGGAUGGCCGCAGCGGCCAGCCUUGCAUCUCAAUGAGGAGAAAGGCCUGACAGGCAGCAACAGGGGGUGGUGGGGACAGGGAGGGAGAGACAGCAGCAUCCUCACUAUGGCCGAUCCCCCCAGAGCAGAAAAUACUCCUGACCUGGGGAGACAGUCAGAUGCUGAAUCCUGCCUGUCCGGACUGGGCUGAGAUUACAAAACCUUUCUGGGCCUUUUUUUCAUAUGGAUAAUGGAGGAUGAGGGGGAACCUCAGCUUGGCAGCUGCUCUCAGGAGGCAGGGAACGGGCGGCACAGGCAUUGUCAAGGCAAUUUUGAGAAGGCAACAACUGCCAGCACAAAAAUAGCCUGCUCAGAUGUGGCACUUGUGGAAGGCAAUGCAGAUGGGGGAAGAGGAGACAGAGAAGGGAUCUUGGCUCCUUCCCCAUGGCCAGAGCAAUAUUCAUGUCCAGGAUGCAAGGGCAGCUAGGUGACUGGCUAUGGCUGGCACUGAAAGGGAAGAUCUUGCAUCCUCUCCCAAUCCCCAUGUCUCCUGACAGUCUCUCGCUCAUGCACUGGCAUGACCUGUCUGAUGGUUUCAGAUAAAAAAGGAGGAUUGUGGUGGCAACAGCAGCUAUGGGUUUAUUCUGUGUCUGUGUAAUGUGCAGUGAGAGCCUGGGGUGGGAGAUGGUGGGUGGCAGUAGCCACACGGGAGUGAGGACAUGACUUUCCUCUGCCUGUUAGAGAGAUCUGGGACAGACUCAUGCCAGUGGGGCCUGGACAGACUGCCACUGAACAGGCACCAGGUGCUCACAGCAUCACCAGCGAUGCCAUGGUCAUGGACAAGGCAGUGGGCCAGCACCAGGAGUCCACACACAGGAAUGCUGUACCAUGCUGCCUCUCCAUAGCAGGAUCUUGCUCUUUUGGGAGAGGAUAUCCUGCCUACUUAAGACCAACUUGGAAAGGUUUGGAAAACACUGCUUAAAAGGUUGCUGCCCUCAGCCUGGCUCCCUUUGUGUGCAGGCUGCUUGGGUGAAAAGAUUGGAGAUUCAUCACAAGGAGAGAAUAAGCAAUGGCUGUAAAUUGUCCAGCAUCUCCAGGAGAAAAUCCUUUCGGGGGGCAGGCUAUCUCUUACCCCAAGUGGCUUCUUGCUCUUGUGGCUCCCAGGUACUGUGCCAGGUUGCACAAGGCCACAGUUUUGUUCAUUCCUCUCUCUCACUCCCAUGCUGUCAUUUCUUUUUUUGGCCAGUGUCACGGGCUUUUACACUGCGAAGUCACUUACAGACACUGCUUCCCAACUGAUGAGGUUCCUUCAUCACAGCUGCACAGCAGCUACAUCCUCCCUUCCUCACUUCUUUCCUCCUUCCCCUCCUCCCCAGCACCACCACCCUGUCCCUUUCACCACCUCUUUGUGCUGUCACAACAACGAGGUGAGCUCAGGAGCCAAGUUUGACACUGAGCCUUGAUGCUGCUUGUCUAGGAUUAGUUGGCCUGUGAGGAGAGUUUAUGUAUCCCCAGAAGAUGGAAAAUGACUGAAGAAGGUGGUGAGAUGCUCAGGCUCUGGCUGCUUUGCUCUUAGCCCCACCAUGGGCAGUGACAGCCUUGGAGAAAGGUCCUUCCAUCAGAGUUAAUUGUGAACUGUUGCUCAGAAGAGUUGGAUAAGCUGCAGUUCUGUCCUGUGACAUCUGCUCUGGCCCCCUUGGCCUGUCAUUGUUGGAUGGAGGUUUGUUGGGAGCAAGGAGAAGAUGGCUUUUUGUUCAAACACAUGAUAGAAACUGCUGCAUUCCUUUUUGGCAUGACAGUUUUGGGGGGGAAGAGGGAAAGCAGCUGUGCUGCAUUCCUGGUGAACACCCUGAGACCUCGUUUCCAGAAGCACCUUUCCUGGAACAGAAGAGAGCUUCCCAUCAGCAUGGACUGGUGAUCUUCCCUGUAGGAAGAGGGGCUCUGUGAUGGGGCUAUGCAUGAGGAGAAGAAAAGAAGUUUUGGGGGGAAACUCUCACAGAGUAUCAACAUCUGAGUGUUUGGAGUCAAAGAGAAAUGAGUUCAUGCUUUUUAUUUCUCAGAGAGAUACUUCCCUAUGCCCUGCCUCUCCUCAGAGCAGAGAGCUAUCUCUGCUGCCUGGGAACAUGUCUCACUCAGCUCUGGGGCAAGCCAGCCCAAAUUUCCAGCACAUCCAGGCAGACCUUCACAACACCCAGCCUCUUCCAGCUGCAGUUUUCUCAAGGGACUUGUGAAAGGGAACUGGAAGGAACACCAGUCUGAGCACAGCUGAGAAGGGGCCAUAGGGUCUUUCUUCCCUGUCCCAGCUGCAUGCUGCUCCCUAAAAAUAAAAGUUGUUUGCGCCAGCUCAGUCACCCAAGGGUGUCACUGAAGUGAUGCUUUCUUGGAAGUGAAGGUGUUAUUUUGGUGCAUGGUACAGGUGGAAAUUUUGUGCCAGGGCUGCAAACUGCAGGCAGUGAAUGUGGCUCCAGCCUCAGGGUCUCAUCAGUGACCUGGUUUGUUUUCUCCUGCCAUUAUUUCUUUCCACCCCAGUCUGUCAGGUUGCAAGACAGAAGCUGAAAUGCAGCAAAGGGAAGAGAUGCAGAGAUCUGCCAGACUGAAUGUCCAUCCUCUCUCCUGCAAAACUUGCCCAUCUGGCUUUUUCAAAUGUCCCUCAGUGCAUGGAUUUUGGGGGGGUGAAAAAGUCUGAACUGCCUAUCCUUGGGUCUGCAGGGUGCUGAAUUGCAGAUGGGUGACUCUGGGAACUCUGCUGCUCAGACAAAAGUGAAAACUGUGGAAUGCCUUUAAAUGGGCUGCUUGCUUGAGAGACAUAGUUAGCUCUGAGCUGUUUGCUUGUCCCAAGGAGUGGGUGGAACAAGGUGAGAAAAUGUGUGGAGGAAUAAAAGAGCCAAGGAAAGAGAAAAGCUGGUUUUAGGAGGCAACUGAGUAUCUUGGGUUGGGAAAUCAAGACAGAUUUGGGGAGUGUGGUGUAGAAUUUUAAGUAGCACAAUGGGUACAAGCAAAAACAAAAGAAAAUAGCAAUGUACUGCAGCUCCAGGAAAAGUUAUCUGUGAAGCUGGGCAAAUACUGGUUUAAAAAGGAGGCAGAAACCAAUAAAAUCAAGGGACCAUUUAUACAGGUGGGAAACAAAAUCACUAGGCUUUGUGGUUUUCUGUGACUUUUUUUUUUUUUUUCCUGUAAGAAAAUACAACUAAAAGAAGGUCUCAAAAGUUAUGCUGUUUCAGGGACACAGACAGAAGUAUCAUAUGAGCUGUUUCCUUUCACGUGAAAGGCUCUUACUUCCCAGAACUCAAAUGUGUAGGUUUCCUUACUUCAGGAUAUGGGGUGAAGAUUGCAGACACGGUCACCACAAGCCCCCAAAGCCAGAGGUAGUUUGGAACACUUGAUCAGCAUUCAUUCGUGUGCCAGUCUGUGUGAAAACAGUUUGUUCAGCAUGUUAUCUUAAUUUUUUUUUAAAAUCUUUCUAAUUUCCUCCCUCCCCAGGGAGUAUCUACAUCCUUUCCUGAUCUGGCCAGGAAUCAGCUGAAGCACUACAGCCAUGGCUUGUACCCAAUGUUUUUGUAACAGCUCUAGGUGUGUUCUCUGGCUGUAAGGCAAUGAUGAGAAUAAGCAAGGGAAAUAAAGGAGAUCUUGGCUGUGAUACCACACUGUGGUGGCUCCUCUGAUAGCUGGAAGGCUCUGGACAUCAACAGGCUGAGACUCACAGGCACAGGCGUGUCUUGGUGAAAACAAGUUUUCUUCUCCAUUUAUGUUCAGUGGCUUUCUGAUGAAUGGUGGGCUCAUGGACCCUUGGCAUAUGGUGGUGUGUCCAAAUGAGUACCAAAAAUAGAAGAAGAGAAAAUUCCCUCCUCAGCACUGCUUUUCAGGAGUGGAUAGACUUGCUUAAGUCUAAGGCAGCUUCUCCACUCCCGCACCAAGGCGUCUCUUACAUCAGUACCCAUUUAAUAUUUACAUAGCCGCUAAAUCCUAAAAAUUCUUUUCCCUUUGCUGCUGUCCUUGAAAGUAGAGAUAUUGAGUUUCAAGCCUGGAGAAAGUAGGUGUUUUCAAAACAUCUGUUCUGGCUGACAGUGUCAUAAAUGACACAGGCAGAGAUGUCAGUCGCUGCUCUGAGAGGAAUGGAGGAGAAUUCCAUCUCUCCUGUGCCUCUUUUUCCUUUCCCAUGCAACACUGAGCCAUGAAACUGCUCCCUGAGAGAAGUGACUGGAGUCCUAUUGCUUGCAGUUUUGAAAAAACUGAACUGUGGAAAGAGAUAAGAGACUGAAAAGAAGGAAGGACAAAAUAUUCCAGCUUUCCCCAACAGUUAAGUAAGCUGGUAGAUCGCUUUCAUGUUGGAGGCUCGGGUUUACAUGGACCCAAUCUGACAGCUCUUUCCAAACUAAAGGAAUGACCAUUGGUUCCUCCUCCCUUCUGUUAGCCCCACAAUUUUAGCAUCUCUGCAAGGGGAAGAGGCAUCACAAAUCUAACCAUUGCUUCCCCACGCUGUCAGGAGUCCUCCACAGGAACUGCUCUCCCUCCCAGCACAAGUGACUGAUCCCACUGCUGGAAACUGGAACAGUUGUUCUGAGGGGGAGUUUAACUGCAGAACUACUGGCAGCUUAGGACAAGGUCCCAGCAGGGAAGGGCUGAAAUACCUCUAAAGAAAAUCAUAGCUCUGGGCGGUCCAAAUGUCUUCUUGCAUGUUUUCUCUUGCUCUCUGCUGGCUUCCAACCUCUCCAGUCUUUGCUGCUUGAUACUCAGAGAACUGAGUUUCUGCAUUCCCUCCCUCUACUGAGCUCAGAGGACUGGUGAAGCAGUUUGAUUUCAGUGUGGUAGGUGAGAUCUGAUUUCUCCCUCCAUGCCCUCUUCUUUUUCUCCCUGUGCAGCUCCUGUCCUUGCAGUUCUCAGGACUUGACUAGCAGAGUUUUUAAAUGAAGUGCAAGUCUUAAUGUGAGGUGAAUCCCAAGACCACAAACAGUUUGGACUUCAAACAGUGAGAAAAUUGGCGCCGGAUGAUUCCGCACACAAAGCAGAAAACUUUCAUUUCCUGCAGGCAGGAUGGAAUUGACUGUUAUAUUAAGACUUCAGAAGGAGCACUGCCCCGGAGUAAUUUCACUGCUGUCAGGCAGUGUUGACAUCUAGAUUAACCUCUGUGCAGUGAAUUUUACAGCAACGCUCAUUGUAAUGCAUGUGGGGUAUCUCCUGUAAAUCCCAGCUGAAGCCCACAGUGUCCCACCCUUCUGCACAGGAGGAAGGGUUGGGGAGCAGCUGCUAUCAUUUCUGACCCCAGCAAAGCAUGACUCCAACCUCAUCCAGGCCACUUCUGCUGAAACUGAUUUUCUGCUGUGCUAAAGUGACAAUAGCUCCAGCCUGUAUUUUUUUUUUCUAAUUCCCCAAAGAGGUUUACAUCACAGGCUGAAAUUUUUGCCAGUGACAAACAGCUCCCUUCAUGUAUCCAGCCAGCAGUACAGUCCUAAUUAAAAGGCACUAGUUAACUAGAGGCAAUUAGCUGCUUGCACUGAUUAUUUCCAAGACAUACAAUCCCCAAACACAAAGCUCUGAUCAGAUGUGAUCUAAAUGGCAGACAAACUCCCAGCUGAUGUGAGAUGGUGGCAUCCAAUCCUACUCACCAGCACACAGGCACAAAAUGAGCCCUGCCUACCAAACCACAAUUGCAUGAAUUAAAGAAAUGCACAGAGUUAACUCAGUGCAAGCCAGAGGACAUUGCAAAAGAAGCCCCUUGGCUCCAGAAAUGAAUGCUGCUGCUGAUAAGUUGAAAGCAUAGGCCUGACCCCAAGUCCUUCUGUCUUUUGCUGUAGGAGGAGCUUGAGCAGUGGGAUUUCCUAGGCAGGACCGCAACAGCUUCUUCACUUUUGUGCUAGCAGAGACAAUCCUGUCUGUGGUUCUUAAGAUGCAUCUCUGAAAAUAACUUUGUGAAAAAAACCCCAAAAAACCCACACUAUCAUGUAAAAAAUAUAGAAAAGAAAGGGAAGGUUUCUUUGUAUAGUUUUGCCACACCUGCUUAUUCAUUCACUUAUUUUCCCACUCAGACAUUGCUCUGCAGUCAUCUGCAGGAGGUUCUAGGCGAGUGAAAAUCUAUCAGGUGCUGAAGAGAUCAACCACUAGCCCUAAGGGCAAAAUUCCAAUAGUACAUCUACAAAUAUCUUUCAGAGCCCAUCUCUCCUCUCACCCACAGCUCUUCACAGUAGCCUUGCCAUUAUAUUUGCCAAAGGUUUUGGACAGCCUGUGAAGAGGUGAGAUAUCUUCAGUUUCCCCUUAACUUCAGGAGGAAUUGUGACAUUUCUGUAAUUCGACCCAUCAGGAGGAUUCCUUCAAACUAACAUUUAUUACCUCCAAUCAGAAUACAGCUGAAAAGGCUACCCAAGGUUAUAGAAAAGGUCAAGCUCUUGCUUUGGACUGGAAUUUGCUUUGGAAGGAAUUUGAUGGACCAAUUUAACCACCACAGCACAUCAAAACCUGGUGGCUUCAUUUAAAAAGUAAUCAGUAUUGUAUUUCGCUUUAGACAUCCGUGCAUUAGUGUUCUGCAAAUAUGAUUUCCUCUUUGUUUGCAUUAUUGAUGCCAUAAAAUGUCAGACACAUUAAAGAAAAAAAAAAAGAGGCCAACCUUUGGGGUUUGGAAUGAUUCUAGCUGAAUUGCAGUUGGGUUACUUUCCUUUUUAUUUCCCAUGGCAGCGAUGCACUGUUACUCAUUCUGCUAUUGUUUUACAAAGAGUUCUCAGUAAGUGUAUUUAUUCAGCCAACCAUAUUUCAGGAAACACAUAACCUUGAUAUUUUUUCCUGUAUGUGGCAGCAUAUGUGAAUGUGUGUUGGGGAGAGGAGGGCAGGUGGAGCUUUUUACAAGAGCCCUCCCAUGUCUGGUAGUGUGUUGGCUUUGUGCAAUGCUCCAUGAAUCCCUCCUGCUCAGGUGCCUGGCUUGAUUUAACCUCAAGAACUGACUUUUGUAAUCAGGAUUUAAGGUCUUCCGGUUUAGCACUGCCCAGGAUCUGUCAUCUGCUCUCACCAUUCAGCAGCCAUCUGCUAUCCACAGAGGUUCCUAGAUGUCUAUGCCACAGAGAUUACACAGUAAUUGAGUCUCAGGCAUGCGAUACAGGAGUUUUAGCUCAUUCUGAUCCUGGACCAACUGCAAGUUUGCUGAUUUAGCUUGGUUCCCACCCAAGGUUCACUGACUACAGUUCCCAAGACAAAUACUCUUAGCUGCUCAGUGCUGUUUCUCACACACCAUUACAAUACAAGCCUUGGCGGCUGUAGCUCUCUGCCUCACCUCUCUGUAAUGAAUGCAGGUCCAUUUUUCAGUGAUCCUGGAAAUUUUUUGAAGGAUAUUCUCCCUCCUAAAAUCUAAGACAUUCUCAAAUAUUCUGUCUUCUUGAAAAGUGAAGAAAUAAGGUGGAAAUAUUCCCCCUGUGUAGAUAUUUUCAUCAGUGGUAAAAUUUCAGCUUUUCCUCUCAAUGACAGCAGGACUUGGGUGCAGGAGAAGAAUACAGUGGAGCAGUCUAAGGAAGGGUCUCAGCUAGGACUGCAAAGUCAUCUGUUCACCUACUGAGCCAUCACCUCCUCAUACAGGAAGAUAUCCCCAGCUUUUUUUGAGCUUCAGAUUCCUGCCCAGCUCUCUUGCUCCUACUCCAGUGCUGAGGAAUGACCUUCAGAUGACCUUCAGAUUUCCUUAUCUUCACAGAUCCUUCCCAGGACUAUCCAAACAGCCCAAAGAAGUGAUGACAGGGUCUGAAUGGGUGUGUAAUUCAGUGUCUUUCUCUCCCUUUUUCAUCAGGGCAGAGAUAGUGAAAGUGGCAGAACAGAAAUAUUAUUUUCCCCAACAGCAGUGAUCCAGUUUCUUUUUAAACUCCGAUUUUUAAGAUGCCAUACAGCAGUACCUAUAAAUAUGCCUUGAUAUGUUGAAUGAGCACACGAGUAUAUUUGAUUUUGUUUUUAUGCCUAUAAUUUCUCUCACCAAGAAUUCAGCCGUUACUCAGCUCCCAGCAGGUUGUUCUGAUUGCUGGAGAGAUGGUUGGGAUUGAUUCCGGCUGUGACCUGUUCCAGUCCGGCCUCAUUCUUAUGUAGCUAGAUUGAAACAAUAGAAAUCAGCAAGAGACUGAAUUGUUGUUCCUGUGCAACUGAACCUUCUUGUGCAACUCCAGGCUAAAUGUAGCAGGCGUUGAUGACCCACAACUUUGAAGUCAGUAAAGCUGUAGAUACUGAGAGGCACUGUUAGGAACAGAACGGCAGGAGAGAGAGAAAUGCUACAAGAGGAAAAAAAACCCAACCAACAAACAUUACAUCAGAAAAGACAGUGGUUGAUUUAUAAUAUAAGAAAAUCCACUGCUGUACAUGAGAAAAGACACAGAAUAUUCACCCUGGUAACCAAGAACAUUGGCCACUAGGACAAGAGCAGCUCAAACCUCCUCUCACUUUUAAUUUCCUUUUUCUCCUUCUCCUGCUAAUACAGAACAAAUCCUGGCUUAUGGCCUUCCUGGAGACUGAAAUUAAGAGGCAGAUUUAGGAGAGGUGGAGAGAGACUGGAUCCUGCUGGAUGAUGCAACAGCUUUAUAGCCCAGCACCUCUCAGCAGCAAGUGCCUGGUGUGCCCUUGCUUUUAUUUAUUUUUUUAAUUACAACCCCUAAUUGCUUCAAGUAGUGUUCACAAAGAGCCUACAACAGUUCAGUCCCCAGACUCCUGGUAAGACGGAGAUUUCAGCAGACGGACAGACGGACAGCCGCGUCCCUGCGGAUCAGCACCGCGGACAGCGGCACCGCCCGCUCCGGCCGCCGCCGCGGGAGGAGCCGCGCCUUCCAUGGAGGAAUCCCACUUUGGAUGGAGUCAUGCCCACACUGCCCGCGGAACUGCUGUCUCACCCACAGUUCGUUUCUCCCAUGUGUUUUUCUAGUGUGAAAUCAUUAUAUGGUAUCUUGUUUUCAGGUGGUGGAGGAGGGAUGGUUUAAAACAGAAACCAAUCAUUCCAAUGCAAGAGAGAACCAGUUUUUCCUUCAGAGUUAAACUCUCUGCCCCACUUUUUCCUGCACUGGUGUUCCACCUACGAAGGCUCCAACUCUAGUUUGGACUGUGGAAGGUUCUUAUCUUCUCAUCCAUUGAGACAGUUUGACAAAUGGAGAGAUACUAUGCUGGUAGCUCUUUAGAAACAGAAUCCUUAUUUUAUUGGAAGCAUCAUGUGAUUCAGAUUUCAUCCAUCAAUUGCACUUACUGUUUGUAAAGGGCAAACAGACAAAUCUCUUGGCAAAUUGCAAGUAAGGGACAUAUAAAUGACACUGUGGCCACUGGAAGUUACGUUCACCAAAAAGAAAAAAAGAGAAAAAAAAGUCAUAUUACUGAGUAGUACAGGGUUGUUAUAAUCAUAGAAUCAUAGAAUGGAAGACAUUUAAAAAAAUCACCUAGUUUCAACACCCCUACCAUGGGCAGGAACAUUAUCCACCCAACUAGAAUGCACAAAGCCCUGUCCACCCUGGCCUUGAAGAAUCAGAUGAAGAUAAAGAGCUACAAAGGCACCAACAGGCAGAGCCCCAAGUGGAGAAGCAGUCAUCUCACAGAGGAAGAAAAGGCAAAUGUUUCAGCUUUCAUCUUGCUCAGCUUGCAUAUUUGGGAUUUCAUCCCACAGGUAUUCCUGGAUCAUGCUAAGGAAGCAACACCCUCCAAUUAGGCCUGGACCUAUUCAUCCUGGUGAGAAGCUGCUGGGCAGGAGCAUGCAGGCUCAUUACAUGCCUGUGGAGUGUGGAGAAGAAGAGCCAGAAAAGUAGGGCAGAAAGUUGGGCUAUUCCCCCCACUCAACAUAUGCUGCUUUCUAGAAGCAGUUUCCUCUGUAUCCCACCUCCCACACACUCCCCAGCUGUGACUGGAAGUUACUACAAUGGGACAUGUGGAUGGACACUCAGAGACAGAGAGGACUGAGAAGUGUCUGAGACACAAGACUUUGAAACUUGUAAGUAGCAAUACUGAAAAUAAGGGAUUAAGGCCAGACCUCUGAUGCUUAGAGCUGUCUGGGAGUCAGAAAGGAUGAGCUUGCAGGGGAUGGCAAAGAUAAUUUAAUAAGGGGCUUAGAGAAGAAAUGAUGCUAAGAGGAAGGAUCAAAGAAGCCUACUGGGAUACAGGGAGAAGAAGGAAAUGGACAAGGACUUGAUUCCCAGUGAAGGGUCAGUGAUCAAGAGGGUGGUGAAAGUCAGAUUGGAGCUGUGGUGAAGCAGAAGAGAGCCCUGGCUGGGGAAGAACUAUGGAUGUGAGGAAGGAGGCCCUACAGAAUGAUGGUUCUCAUCCGAAUUGGUCCUGAUUGAUUCUCCAAACUUCAGUUCUGCUGGGCUUCCUCCAGGCCCACAAUUUCUGCUUCAAACCUACCAACACCAUAGCUUUCACUGCGUUCAUUUUGCUCUCUGACAGCUCUGGUUUCGGUAUUAACAGUCUAAAUAGUUUUAGUUCCCCUCAAUCUUUCAGUUCAACCCCCACAAACAGCUAAUUCCUUGUAUAAGGGAGAAUUGGCUUUUUAAAAAAGUUUUCUAUUAUUUUUUACCAGAAGUGUCCAUUAAAUUUUUAGCUAAACUGGAAGGCAAUUUUUUGCAUGAGAGCUUUACAUAGAUAGGCCUAAAGCAGAACAAAAAUAAAUAACUAUACUAAAUUACCUCCUCCUCCCCCACCAUGUCUUAAUGAAGUGCUGUAUUAUGUAAGUUAUUUCAAGAGAAAUGAAGUAUUUUUGGGCAGGAAAGCGAUCAACAUUUAUUUAGGUUUCCAAGAAUGUUGCAAUUCCCUCUGAAUCUCCUGGGUCAGGCAUGGAGGCAAAUUUUCCCCAGGUAAAGAUUGAGGAUACACAACUUUCUUGGGUGAAGGCUGUCUUGGGGUCUUCAGGCUGUGCUUGGGAAUGUUUUUAGGGGCUGCACUGUGCACUUGCCUCUGGUAAUUUCUCCAAGGUUUGUGUGUUGAAGCAGUGCUGUCUGUCAGUGGUUUGUGUGGCAACAGGAUGACGUAGGCAGAAAAAUCACUCUGAUUUCCUGUGCUGGCCUCAAAAAAACCCCAUGAAAUGCACCUUCCAGAAAUCUGCAAGGGUAGACUCAAUUUCCAGGCAACUGCUCAUCCUCCCAGCUGAACUGCCCUUCAGCAGUGCAGGCAGGCUUGGCCCUCAGAAGGUGCUGCUCCACAGCUCACUGUGGCAGGUAGCAGAGUACCUCUCUGGAACUGAGAGGAGGAUGGGGCUCAGAGGAAAGAUAUUUUGAUGGCAUUUGUGUUGUUACUAUUAUUUAAAAUAGCUAAUUUUAAUUUCUGCUAAUGUCACGGAAGGACUGCAUGAGCAGAAAACAAUCUGGUGGUCUAUGUUGAAUUGAUUUCUAUUUUUCUGGCAGACUUUUUUUACACUAUGCACCAAUCUAUGUUUGCUUAGUCUGGGGCCUCUUUUGCAUCUUGUGAGUCCUAUUUGCCAUUUUGGAAGUGAAUUGAUGGUUCUCAAUCUUCUCCAAACCGCAGUCUCCUCUUCUCCAAACCAAAAUUCACCAUUUUCUCCUGCUGGGAGCAAGCCAAGUUACUCCUUAAGGGAGAAUCUGGUGAGAGCAAGGAAGCUGUGAUCUCUGCCUGCCCAUCCCACCUCCACUGGCUCCAGCUCAGAGGAUGAGGAACUCUGAUCUGAGUUUUGGCCAAGGUCUGUCCCCUACCUGCCACACCAUGUGCAUUGGGCUACCCUGGAAGGGGAUGACUGAUAGAGUGUUAGUCACACUUACAUGAAGAGUUUUUAAAUUAAGAAAUUGCAGUGAGGUCCAGGGACCUGUUAAAGUGCUGAGGUAUUUACCCUCCCCAGACCUUCCCUUCCUUCCUGCCCUGCUUUGGCCCUUCCUCUCUCCCCAGCCUUGAAAUGAAACAGAAAAUUAUUUUUUUAAAACUGUGUUGAUAAUUUAUGUUUAGUAUAAAGGAUGAUUUAAUGGCAUCACCAAAGGUCAUUUUUUUCAUCUCCGUGUUACUAUCCCAGCCCCAGAGGCUGUGCAUCCCCUCUCUCCCAUAACUCCAGUGCCCUCCCUUCCAUUCACCUCACACAUCCUCUGUCACCACCCCACCCCAGCCGACACCUGCUUCAGGUUCCGCCAAUGGCCGAUGGAGAACAGAGAUUUCAAAGCGAAACCUCCACUCCCGACCACCCUGAACUGAAACCAUUUCCACUUUGAAAACAGUCAGUUGCUGCAGAUGACAGGCAGACUCGUUUCUUGAACUAAGUAAGGUUUUUUUUAAAGCCUUUUAUACCUAUUUACGUGUGCGCGUGCGUGCACCGAGCGUGCACAGUGGUACCUGUGUGUACAGAUGCACACGAUCUCUCUCUCAAGUAUAAAUAUAUUGUAUGUUAGAGCUGUAAAUACUCCUUGGUCAUGUGUCUAUGUCUUCUUCAAAGUAUCAUAUCCUCAGUGUUACGUUAACAACUCCAUUUAUUGAUUGAUGAAACUAUGUGUAGACCUGUACCCUCCUGACAUAGUUUAUGUAGCUCUCUCUUCUCAAAUAAAGUACAAAACUACCACCA